AUGGGGUAUGAGUCUCUAAAGAGAACCAUUGCAGCUGAUUAUGACAUUGAUGUCUCCAAACAUAAGGCACGCAGGGCAAAGAAAAGGGCAUUAAGCAUUAUUGAGGGUAAUGAAGCUGAACAAUAUUCCAAGUUGAGGGAUUACUGUGCAUUGAUUCAAGGAACCAAUCCUGGAAGUCGUGCAACAAUAGGUGUUGAUCCCAUGUCAUAUGAUAAUGAGAUAAAAACUUUCCAAAGGAUCUUCAUUUGUUAUGCUGCAAUGAAGAAGGGAUUUAGAGAUGGUUGUAGACCAUUCCUUGGAGUUGAUGGGUGCUUUUUAAAAGGAUCUUUUGGUGGUCACCUAUUGUCUGCUGUAGCUUGUGAUGGAAAUGAUCAAAUGUUCCCUGUUGCAUUUGCAGUUGUAGAAGCUAAAACGAAAGACUCUUGGGCAUGGUUUAUGACAGAGCUAAUGGAAGCUGUGGGACCUCAUUUUGACAUCAUUUUCAUGUCAGACAGACAAAAAGGGCUGGUAGAUAGUUUUGACACCAUCUUAUAUGGGGCUAAACAUAGGAUUUGUGUGAGACACCUCUAUGAAAAUUUCAAGCUCAAAUAUAGGGGACAAGCAUUGAAAAAUGAGAUAUGGGAAGCAUCACAAUCAUAUACAUAUGUGGAUUUUCAGUUUCAUAUGAAUAAGAUCAGAGAGAUGAAUGAAGAAGCUUAUCAAUGGCUGAAUAGAGUGCCACCAAGGGUAUGGACAAGGUCUAGUUUUGGUUUUCAUUGUAAAUGCCCUUUGGUGAUAAACAACAUGUGUGAGUCUUGGAAUGCAGUGAUUCUUCCUGCAAGAGACAAACCUAUACUCUACAUGUUGGAAUGGAUUCGAAAGCAUCUCAUGACGAGAUUCCAAAAUAAGAGAGAUUUCAUGAAUUCAAAGGCUGGGUUAUUAUGUCCAGAAAUUCAAAAAGAAAUAGAUAAAAGGAAAAGAUGUGCAAGGUUUUGUAAGGUACGUUAUGCUGGUUACCAUAAAUAUGAGGUGGAAUGCAGAGGAGUUAGUGAUGCAGUGGACAUUGGGAAUAACACAUGCACUUGUAAGGUAUGGGAAGUUAGUGGCAUCCCUUGCAAUCAUGUUAUUGCAUGCAUGUUUGUAAGAAGAGAAGCUGUUGAGAUAUAUGUUGAUCCAUACUAUCACAGGGAGACUUAUUUGAAGGCGUAUGCAGAUUUGAUACAUCCCAUUCCUAUGAGAAGACUCUUAAAUUCAGAACCCACUGACCCUUUGGAACCUCCAACCUAUAGGAAACCAACUAGUAGACCUAAAAAGGCAAGGAACAAAAAGAAUGAUGAGGCAAGUACUUCAACCAAACUGACUAGGUCAAGGGAAGCUUUGAAACGUUCAAAAUGCAAUGAGUAUGGCCACAAUACAAGAACAUGCAAAGUGAAUGAGCCAAUAGUGGUUGAGCAACUUCCACCAAAAAGGGGAGGAAGACCACCAUUAGCUAAUAGAGGAACUGUUUAUGGUAGAAGAAGUGGAAGGGUUGGUAAAAGGGGUGCAAGGGGUAAUUCAGAUACACAUUGGGUGCAGCCAACUCAAUAUGAAGAGGUUACAAACAUUACAUUUUCUCAAUAUGGUGAGUCACAAGAAUCAGUGCAAGCAAGGGGUGGUGCUUCAAUGUAUGCAAGAGGUGGUGCUUCAAGGCAGACAAGAAAUGGUACUUCAAGGCAGCCAAGAAGUGGUUCAUUUCAGGCAAGAGGUGGACAUGUUGUGUGGCCAAGAGGUGGUGGUGGUGGGCAUACAGUGCAGCUAUGGGGUGGGCCUUCAGUGGAAGCUAGACAAUCUCAAGAGGUUCACAACAUUCCAUUUUCUUAG